AUGGAAGUGGAUAUGACAGAUGCUGGUAAUGCAGAGGAGCAAAAGAUGGCAAUUGAAGAUAUUGGAUUCGAAGAGAUGCAAGUCGACGGCACGCAUAUAAGUGAGACUCAAGUAGACGAGACAGGCGUUGCUGGUACAGAUCAAGACAAAACAGAAGAUCUCAUGACCGCAGUGGAAGAAGUAGUCUCCAACAAGUUGCAGCUUGGCACAAUGCAAGCUGAAUUGACUGAAACCGACGAGGAGGUUUGCAGGGAAGAAUGCGACGAGACAAAACUCGAAAAGAAGCAAGCCGAGGAAGCGAUGCCUAACAUGUCACAACUAGAACAUGUGCAAUCUGACCUGACUGAAGCCAACCAGAUGUCAGCUUAUGGUGCGACAAUACAAGUCGAAAAGAUGCAAGAGGAAGACCCACGUGCUGGGCAGACCGGUUCCGUCAAAAGAGAAGCCAACAAGACGCAGAUGGACGGUGUGGAAACGAACAAGGUCGAAACCGAUCGUGGUAGAGACCACGUCUACACUUCCUUCUCGCAGCCCACAGAGAUCCGAGUGGUCAUUCUGAUGCCCUCACUCGACCCUGACGCUCCUCUCACAUUCUCCUUUCACCAAAGCUACCUCGAAGAUCUUGAGGGCAGGUACGAGGCUAUCUCCUACGUGUGGGGAGAGCCGAUCUUAGAGUAUCCGGUCUACAAUAUUUCAGAUGGCACUCAGUUACUCGUAGCAAGGAAUUUAUCUUGUGCUUUGCGACAAUUACGGCACGCAGCAAAUGUAAGGUGGCUGUGGGCAGAUGCCUUGUGCAUCGAUCAGAAGAACCACCAGGAGAAAGCAAAGCAAAUUCCACUCAUGGUCGACAUUUUCCGUACGGCUAAAAGAGUGCUCGCUUGGCUUCAUCAAGACGACCAAAUAAUUCGGAGGGGCUUGCAACACAUUGAGCGUCUAUCCCGACGUCGCCCUGGACCAAGCGAGGAUGCUGAUAUUGAAGGAUACCAUAAUGAUUUGCUAACUAACUCUCGAUCUCCGGGACAGCUUUUAUGGGAGGAAAUCAACACGAGCAAAAGCGCAGUUUCGGAUAUCCUUACCGUCUUAAAUCUUCCGUACUUCCGGCGGCUGUGGAUGUAA